UUCAUUUCCGUACGGAACCAUUGAGCGCUUUGCAACUGCACCUAGACGGACAUGUUUCUCCGGCACACCUCUGCGUAGACACGGCGUUUGAAAUGGCUGUCACCCUGCACACAGAUCUAGGAGACAUUAAAAUUGAAUUGUUUUGUGAGCGCGCACCGAGGACGUGUGAGAACUUCCUCGCCUUGUGUGCCAGUGGGUUCUACAAUGGCUGCGUCUUCCACCGAAAUAUUAAAGGUUUCAUGGUUCAAACUGGAGAUCCGACAGGCACAGGUAAAGGAGGAACGAGUAUAUGGGGCCGCAAAUUUGAAGACGAGUACAGCGAACACCUAAAACAUAACGUAAGAGGGGUCGUCUCAAUGGCAAACAAUGGCCCCAACACAAACGGCUCCCAGUUUUUCUUCACAUAUGCCAAACAGCCCCACCUGGACAUGAAGUACACAGUGUUUGGAAAAAUUAUCGAUGGCCUGGAGACACUGGACGAGCUGGAGAAACUGCCUGUCAAUGAAAAGACGUUCCGACCGCUGACUGAAACCCGGAUAAAGGAUGUGACCCUUCAUGCCAACCCCUUUGCUGGAUAGAUGAUGAAAAAUGCAGAUAGACCGUUAACACAGACAUGGGCUCUGAUAGCCCGAUUGAUACAGUGUAUAGUACCUUGCCAAAGUUAAAGUGGAUAACUUGUCAGAGGGUAGAAAUUGGAGAGACAUCCCCCAGACAUCAACAAUGACAACAAAAUUAAGUUUUUAUACUAGCAUGUUCUAAAAGAUUAAUUAAAAUGUCAUUUCCACCUUAAUCACUGUCCAUAGAGUCCCAAAGCAAAAUUCAGGGGCACACCUUCUCCAGUUUCUGUCUGUGUGUGACAUUUCAGAAAUGGUUUGAUGUGACAAAGCCUUUGUAAUGAAGAAGUAUGUGUUUAUUUUUCACCUAUUCAUCUUCAUGUAUUCACAGUUUGGUCCAAAAAACAAAAACAUGCUUGACUUUGUGUAACACUGCUACACAGCUACUGGUCUUGACAGUCUUAUGUAAAUAAAUGCUGAUCAUUUGUACUGAAUAAAACUUUUAUAACAAA